AUGUUGCUUUCUUCGAAACAAUACCUCACCCUCCACACUGUCGACUCGGCGCAUCCCAAAGCGAGCGAUGUCUUCGCCGUAGCACCGACUAGCACACAAUUGCUCUCAGCUUCCGGCUCAAGUAGCAUCAACGUCUAUGACACCACACAGGCCGAGUUUCCUGUAAUACAAACACUCGACAAGGUGCAUCCACUCGGUAUACACCACCUCGUGACCGCGCGGGAAGAGAAGGCACGACGGGCCGCAAGCGCAGGCUUCGAAGGCAAGGUCAAAAUAUGGAGCCAGGACGAGGAUGGCGUCUGGAGUGAGGACGGAGAGAUUGUUGAUCAGAACAAGCCGGGUGAGAUAUGGGCGAUUGCACUGAGUGCAGAUGGCCAGUACCUCGCGAGCACCAGCAUAAACGGCAAGAUUAACGUCUGGAGUCUGAACAAAGAAGAAGGAAUGCCUCGGAUACGCGAGUAUGAGACCAAAGGCAGCUUUGGGCUCUGCGUAGAUCUGAGCCGCGAUGGUACCUUCACAGCCUCCGGUCACGAAAACGGGUCCAUAUACGUCUUUAAUAAUGAAACUGGUCGUCUUGCACACUCCUUGGCCGGUCUCGUACACCCAGUCCGCAGCGUAGCCUUCUCCCCAGCAUCCAAACUCCUAGCUGCGGGAGGCGAUGCUCGAAUCAUCGCACUCUACGACGUCACAUCAGGCGAACAAGUCGCAAACUUCACCGGACAUGGCGGCUGGGUACUCAGUUUGGAUUGGAGCGACACAGGCGAAUAUUUAUUAUCAGGAUCUCACGACUCAAAGGCAAAAGUAUGGCGCAUAGAAACACGGUCAUGCGUUGCCACGCAUUCUCACGGCGAUAAACCUCUCUGGAGUGCAAGAUGGCUGCCAAAGUCACCUAUGAAGAGUGAGAUGUUUGCACUGGCUGGAGGGAACAACUCAAUCAGCUUUUACCGUGAAGCAGCAGGUUGA